AUGUGGAUUAGCCGUGCACUGGUCUGCCUUCCUGGAGGAUAAUAACCAUGUCGCUAGCUACUGAAUUUUCAAAGAGAAGGGCUAAGUUACGCUAAUGACUUAAAGCUGGAAAGAUUGUCCAAACCGCCUCAUUCCUUUAGAAAUAUUCUAUGUUUUCAGCAUCUUCCAAGAAGCAGCAGUUGCUUGCCCAAGUUUGGAAUAGCUUCCCAGUGCCCUCUAUAAAAACAGUUUCGAUGCCAUGACUCUGCUUUAAUGGCAACUGAAAUUGCAGUGCAAGCUGCUCUAGCAGCAGCCGGACAGUUAUUCAGAACUAUUUCAUGUGUACUAGACACAAAUUUCCGAUUUCAUUCUGUUCUUGGGCAACUUCAGACAACUCUCGAGUUUGUUAUUCCAAAGAUUCAUCGGAUAUGUCAGCUGAGAGAUUCAAGUGAUCCCCAGAACCAUGGGGUUCAUAGGCUGACAGAGUUGCUGUGGCGAGUUGAGGGCAUUGUAAGGAAAUGCUCUGCUGUGACCUGCUGGAACUUCUUCAAGAAGUAUAGGUACAGCAAGAAGCUCCUUAAACUGGAUGCAUCUCUUCGUAGGUUCUUCAGUGUAGAGUUGCAGGUUUUGAUGUUGGAGGAUAUUGCCAAUGUUUCAUACCAAUUUGAGAAACUUAGCAUGAGGGUGGAUCGGAGGCUGGAGGAUAAAGCAAGGAUUUCAUAUCAGUUCAAGCAACUUACCAAGAUCACUGAGGUUUACCAGGCAGCUUCUGGGUUGAAGAAGAUUGUCCACUCUCUGCAUGGUUUGUUCCUUCUCGAUCUGACGUCGUUCCUGAGAAUUCACAGACGGGGCUAUCAAAUAAUAAAAAACAGCUUCUAUUAAAAAUUAGUGUAAAAAUGAACAAGACAUUGGACGAUAUCAAUGCUGCAUUAAUGUGUCGUGUACAACAAUAAAGAAUGUGAACACAUUCUGUACAAUAAUAUUGUAUGAAUUAU